AUGAGUCACGGCUCCCCCAUCGCUGGCAGCGGCUUUAAGCAUGUCAGGGUCGUUGCGGACAAGUUCGAUGCCACCACGUCCCACGUCACUGGAGGGCUCUGGGUGUCUUUUGCGCUACCCGACGGAAUAGAUACCAGCCGACCUCGCAAGUGGUGCGCGGUGACGUACACGUGGCUGGACACGCUUCGCAAGGAGAAGGGGGAGAGGCUGGGCAUUCAUAUUGUCCCGGGCGUCGACAUGUCCGCCCGUUGGAGCGCCGCAAACGAUGAACCUUUCAUGCUGUGGCUUCACGAGGAAGUCGCUAAGCAGGGUGGUACUUUCGAGCAGCGUCGUGUCAUUUCUCUUGACGAGGAACAGUGCGACCUACUGGUGAAUUGUUCCGGACUGGCGGCGAAGGAACUGGCUGGAUACGACACGGUAUUUCCGUUCCGCUGCCAGAUCAUCAACGUGUUUCAUUCAAAGCCGAACGAGCCCAAGGUGUCGGUCGACAAAGAUGGACAGCACGCGUACAUCAUCCCUCGUCCGGAUGGCGACGUUGUGUUGGGAGAGACAGUGCAGGAGCAUAACUGGAGUACAGAGAACAAGGACGAUGAUGUUGACGGGGUGUGGGAGCGGUGCUGUCGUCUAUGGCCUGAAGUCGCACUGGAGGUGUGCGUCUUGAAAUGCAGGCCACUGCGACUAAACAGAAGGCGGUAG